AUGACACUCAAAUCAACCUUGGUCUUCGCCCUCUCCAUGUUCCUGACGGCCGUCUCAGCAGCACCCUACUACCCAAACAGCGGGCCAAUCAUCAACCCCCAGACGACCAUCGCGCCCCAGACGGAUUUCAUCCCCAUCACCAACGUCCAGCCUGUCGUCAACGUCCUCCCGACUGAUUACAACGAUUACUCGUGGUGGAAUCCUUGGUACAACACCUACCCUUGCGGCUGGGGUGGCGCCGGUUCUGGAGCGUGGAAUGGGGGGUUUGGCAUCGGCGCGUGGGGGACAGGAGGCCCAGGGUCGUGGGAAGGACCCGGUGGAUGGAACUGGUGA